CGGGAUGCAGCUCUCUUUUCACAAACUUCCAUUUGCAGCCUUCGAGGUGGAAGGCUGCCACACGAAGGCUUCCUUGAAAUGAAAAUCACUGGGAAGUGGCAGUCGCUCUGUGGUGACGCUUGGAACCAGCGACUGACAGCAAUGGCGUGCACCGAAUUGGGCUUCACCAGGGUCCUUGCUGCUGAAGUUGACACCACGAGACGCAUCCUUCUCGCAGCGUCCGCUUGCAAUCCGGGAGAGCAUCCCUUCCAGGGCAUGUGUCACCUAGUGAUGGGGACGCCGAGCCUGUCGCACGCCGAAGCCAAAUUGUUCUGUGAAUCGAGAGGCUCUCGGCUUCUCAGCAUCAAUUCUAGGGUCAAGAGGAACUUCGUAUCCGAGUUGCUGCUAGCUCUUCACAAAGGACUCGACCGCUGGCACACUGACGGCGUUCGAGUCAACGGCGUCUGGAUGUGGGAGGCAACAAAGCAAGUGCUGACAGCAGGCCGGCCAUGGCAACUCCGCGGCGCAGUUCCCCCCGCGCCAGAGUGCCUCAUUCUAGAAAGAGUCUUCCAAGAAAGCUCCCGCGGAGCGCUGCUCGACGACGCCCGCCACAGGUGGAACACCGUCCACUGCUCAGAGAGGCUGCCAUUUAUAUGCGAGAGAGCAGCCUUUCCCAUAGGUGAGCGGCCCAAACCUGGCAACACGAUUACACGAAGCCUGGAAAUGAAAGCGCACAACCACUGCCGUUCUCCUGACGGUGACGACACGCCUUGGUGUUUCGUGAACGAAUCAGACUACGAACACUGCGAUAUUCCGGAAUGCUCGAAAAUUCAAAGUCCAAGUGUUCCUAUCUUGCUGAUGAAAUGUGCUGACAACGAGUUUCAGUGUAGCCCUGACCAGUGCAUUCGUAAAGAGUGGAUCUGUGACGACGACAUUGACUGCCGUAAUGGAAGAGACGAAGCGAACUGCGAUCGUCUCCUCGAAAUGUUGCAGCGGACGCCUAUGACUAGAAUGAGUAGCUACGAGUCCGCAAGGUAUUUUUCUGUGAGCGUCACAAAGUGUGCGGCCAAGUGCGUCAACACAGCGGCGUUCACCUGCCGUUCGUUCAGCUACAUGGCAUCCGGCAGCCUGUGUAUACUCAGCGACCGCAACGUGGCACAGACGGGCUCGCUUGUGGCCGACCCUCGGUUCGAUUAUUACGAGAGCACUGCCCACUCCGGCAACUGCACCGGCAUGUUCCGCUGUCGCAACGGCAAAUGUAUCAAACGGCAACUACUCUGCGACAUCGCCAAUGACUGCGGCGACAGGUCGGACGAAACAAACUGCGUGACCCGGAUGGACUUUCAGGUGCGUCUUCGAGGUGGACCCCGAACCCUUCUACGGCAGACCGAAGGCCGCGUUGAGGUUAAAGUCCACGACCAGUGGGGUCUCGUCUGCGACGACAACUGGGAUGCUGAGGCAGCCAACGUUGUAUGCAGGGAGCUCGGCUUCCCGCUGGGUGCCAUUGAAGCAACCAAGGAAUCGCAGCACGGACUUCCUCCCGAGGACAGCGUCGCUCAAAUAUUUAUGGACGACGUUCUGUGCGUUGGGAACGAAACAUCGCUGGCGCACUGCUCCUUCCCUGGGUGGAAAAAGCACAACUGUUUCGCCAACGAGACGGCAGGAGUGCGAUGCAGAACGAAAGCUUGCGGGCAGUCAGAGUUGGAGUGUUCGGGAGCCUGCAUCCCGUACUACCUCGUCUGCAACGAGCAGCGAGACUGCGCCGACGGCGCGGACGAGGAGUUCGAGUGUGAAAGUAAGCUGGCAGUCCGGCUGAUGGGAGGACCCCACCCACUCUCGGGGCGGCUGGAGCUGAGUAGACACGGCAUCUGGGGCACCGUGUGCGGCGACGGCUUCGGGCCAGCGGAGGCUCGCGUGGCCUGCGCCAUGAUGGGCAUAGCCAAAGCCAGCGCCACCGUGCUUCCCAGCCUUGCCUACGGCCCGGGCAGGGGUCCCAUCUGGCUGGACGACGUGCAUUGUUUCGGCACGGAGAGGUCUCUGGAAGAGUGUCGCAGCAACCCUUGGGGACACAGUGACUGCGGCCACGACAAGGACGUGGCGAUCGCGUGCAGCGCAGACCGCGUCCAGCGGACGGCGCCGAGCAUCGCUUCGUAUAGAGACAUCUGCGGAAUGCCAAAGUACCAGCCCCGGAUGGACCAGGCAUCAGCGCUGUUCCAAUAUCACGCGAACAGGAACAACAGGAUCAUGCUUCGCAACUUCAACUCAGCCAGGUCGCCGAGGAGACGCAUCAGCGGGCGCAUCGUUGACGGUAUACCAGCCCACUACGGCGCCCACCCGUGGCUGGUGGACGUGCGUCUGCGGGACCUUUCGGGCGAAACACUGCAUUGGUGCGGAGGCACCAUUCUGACCCCGGACUUCGUUCUGACUGCUGCCCAUUGCUUCAAGUUUUCGCCCAAUGUGUCCCAACUGGUCGUGCGUGUCGGACAGUACAAGUUGUACGCACCCGACCCUUACGAGCUCGAGUUCCAAGUUGAGGCCAUGCGGGUGCACAAAGAUUUCAAUCCAGACACUUUCUACAACGACAUCUGCCUGCUGAAAAUUCGCGCCACGGAGCAACACAGGAUACUGUUCAACGAGUACGUCAAGCCCGUGUGCCUACCGACGAAGCAAGACAGCUACGUCGGCGGCAGCUACUGUAUCAUUGCCGGCUGGGGAAAGACGUUCACCACUCAACGAAGGCAACCUCGUUCUGCCGUGCUGCAGACAGCAGCAGUGCCCCUGUACCAUCCCGGAGAAUGCGAGCAGCCUUGGGUGUACGGAAACAGAAUACAGCGGGGCAUGUUCUGCGCGGGCCACGCGCACGGCGGCAUGGACGCUUGCCACGGCGACAGCGGGGGACCGCUCAUCUGCCGAUCUGUCACUGGACGGUACGCGGUGUUCGGCAUCAUCAGCUGGGGAGAGGAGUGCGGCCUUCCUAACCGCCCUGGAGUGUACGUCAAAGUGCAGGACUACUUGGACUGGAUCGCCAGGACUGCCGAUGAACUCCGGCACUAGGGCUUGCGCCACAUGAAGCCGAACGAGCCUUUAAAGAAGCCGGUUUGCAAAUAAUGAUAUAUAUAUAACACGGUGAGCUGCGCAGACUCUCAUCGAUAAACUACCCGCACAAGAUCUCUGCGCAGGCUCUACACACAAGCUUUGAAAUGUACACUUUUUUCUUUUUCGAUAGCAAAAUAUAUGGUCGCGCUUUUUAAAAAUAUUUUACGGCUGUCUCUCCUAAAGCUAUACCUAACCAUCGCCGUCGGCGUGUUCUUGUACAGUUAUAUCAGCCAUGAGCCCAUGAUUACGCACACACGCUCUAACUUUUAAUUGCGCUUGAAAUGAAACGCCGUCAGCAUAAUUUACGCCAUAACGAACCAAUAAAGCCUUGCAACACCUACAGAGUAAUUUAUACCGUGCUUUCUUUCUUACUUCACCUUUGGCCCACUUCGUUACACUUUGAA